UUUACCAACAACUGAAAACUUAAUUAGUUGAACUCGCAUUUGUUGACGGGUCCUUGUAAGAAAAUGACGGGAAUAAAAAAUAGUAAAAUUGGCUGGUACAAGUUUGUAAGACCUCCAUGUUAUUGUCAUCUAAACAUUAGUUUCCGAUUAGGAAUUCCAUGUUUUUUUUUUCUUGUUCAUGUCAAAACAAGAAAUGAAGCUCCAUUGAGAUAGAGAGAUUGAGAGAUAGAGAGAGUUGCAUCGAACUUUACUCGAUGGGAAAGCAGGGAUCACCGAGACGGGCACGUCCCGUCUCACAGAUUACUAACUCAUUUUUCAGGACGAAAGAUUAUCAUAUUAGAAGUAGUACUUCAGAUUCUUUGGGGGGCACUGAUCUCUCUAUUGGCAGGAGAAUAUUAGGGGGAGAUAACUAUGGGAAUUCCAAAGUAGUUUUGCUCCAUGGUCUGAAAGAUGAUUCCGGGAAGUUGAAUCCUUGCAAGGGCGUUUAUGUUGGGAAAAAGCAUACAUGGUUUAGGCGGAAUGUGAAGUCAAUUUCUUUUAUGUUGUUGUUUAUGGCUUUGAUGUUGCUGUUGAUGGUUUUCCUGUUCUUGCUUGAUUCUCUGAUGGUGUCACUUUUUGCUUCAGUAAACCUUCAAGGCAGUUCAACUUCAAGAUAUUCCAAUGGCAGUGAGGAGGAUAGAACUGCCUAUGCUCAUGAAGAAAGACCAUCAGUUCACAUGUACAGCAGGCUUCUCAAUUUGGCUUCCGGUUCUCUUGCAGAGAAGGAGUUUAAGAAAGACAGUCUGAGGGACGAACCUUACUAUCAAACAUCCAAAUGGAGACCUUGUGCAGAUAAAAAAUAUCCGACUAGCCCAGGGAAGCCUGCAAAAAGCAAUGGCUAUAUAAUGAUCAGUGCAAAUGGUGGUCUGAAUCAACAACGAGUAGCUAUUUGCAAUGCAGUUGCUGUGGCAUCUUUACUCAAUGCAACUCUGGUUCUUCCUAAAUUUCUUUACAGCAAUGUAUGGAAAGAUCCUAGGUCUGAAACCAUGUCUCAUACAUUUGGAGACAUCUACCAAGAAGACUAUUUUAUGCGCAUCUUGAAGGAUGACAUAGAUAUUGUAAAGGAACUACCUCCUCAUUUGAAGUCCUUAGAUACUGAAGCCAUUGGUAGCAUAAUUACUGAUUCAGAUAUAGUAAAGGAAGCAAAGCCGGAUGAUUUCCUUAGCAGUGUACUUCCCCUUCUUCUGGAGAAAAGAGUGGUUCAUUUCCUUGGGUUUGGCAAUCGACUUGGUUUUGACCCAUUGCCUCCUCACCUCCAGAGAUUAAGGUGUAAAUGUAACUUCCAUGCAUUAAAAUUUGUGCCAAAAAUCCAAGAAACUGGUUCAUUAUUAGUCAAAAGGAUAAAGAAAUCCUAUGCUGCACCCCGCCAAUUGGAUAAACAGUUGCUAGGAGAUUUCACACCCAGAAUCUCCUCCAAACAGCAUAAUGUUGCUAGAGGCACAUCCAAAUAUCUUGCCUUACACUUGAGAUUUGAAGAGGACAUGGUUGCAUACUCCCUAUGUGAUUUCGGUGGUGGAGAAAAUGAGAAAAAAGGACUUCAAGCCUACAGAGAGAUCCAUUUUCCAUUGCUCAUUGAACGCUUGAGGAACACAAAGCCUGUUUCUCCGGUGGAACUGAGGAAGUUGGGGAGAUGUCCAUUGACACCUGAAGAAGCAGCACUUGUGCUUGCUGCUCUUGGUUUCAAGCCUGAAACUUAUAUUUAUCUUGCAGGGUCUCAUAUAUAUGGAGGAGAUUCCAGGAUGCACCCCUUUACCAGUUUGUACCCCAAUCUGGUCACUAAGGAAACACUGCUUACACCCAUUGAACUUGCUCCCUUCAGAAACUUCUCUUCUCAGCUAGCAGCUUUAGACUUCAUAGCUUGUGCAACUUCAGACGUCUUUGCCAUGACAGACUCUGGAAGCCAACUAUCAUCUCUAGUAUCUGGAUUCCGAACUUACUACGGUGAUGGGCAUGCUCCAACCUUGAGGCCUAAUAAGAAGAGGCUAGCAGCAAUUUUGGCAGAAAAUAGAACCAUAGGAUGGAAUACUUUUGAAGAUAGAAUAAGAAAAAUGAUCGAGGAAGGUCAAAGAGUGCGGGUGAGGGGCUCCGGUCGUAGUAUUUAUCGACAGCCACGGUGCUCAGAGUGCAUGUGCAGAUCUCAGUAAGGCAAUAUGAAAACCAAGAGCCUGGAACAAUAUGCUGCAUUGGCGGCAUUUCAUUCCUUUUUUUAUUUCAUGAUCAUGAUUGCUUCUUCAUUCAUUUGAUUCAAAGUGUUAAAAUAUUCAAUAAUUUUGUUCACCCAAAUUUUCAUUUGCAAUAAAAAAAAAUGCAUUACUAGAGAA